CAAAAAACAAACCGUCCUCAGACACUGAGCUAGGUACACGAGCAAACACAAAAUCAAGAACAGGUACACACAAAGCUUCCAAAUCAGAUUCGUGCGGCCGUCAGAUUGAUAUAAGCGUAUCGGCCAGCAAUAUGGCGCCAGCUCCAGCUCGAGCUAUCGCGGUGGCGUUGCUAAUGUUCACCUGCUGUGGGUUGGCCUUGGCCGCGGACAAAGCGCCGAUCAAAUGGAUGAAAGCGCAUGCCACGUUCUACGGCGGCGCUGACGCCGCUGGCACCAUGGGUGGAGCAUGCGGGUACGACAACCUCUACGCGGAGGGGUACGGGACUCGGACGGCGGCGCUGAGCUCAGCGUUAUUCAAAGACGGCACUUCAUGCGGGCAGUGCUACAAAAUCGCGUGUGACCGCAAACGGGCAGACCCCGCGUUCUGCAAACCUGGUGUUACGGUGACGAUCACCGCGACAAACCUCUGCCCGCCUAACAAUGCGCUUCCCAACGAUAACGGUGGAUGGUGCAACCUGCCGCGGGAACACUUUGACAUGGCCCAACCGGCCUGGCAAAAGAUCGGCGUCUAUGAGGGUGGCAUUAUCCCCGUCAUGUACCAGAGGGUACCAUGCCUGAGGAAGGGUGGGGUGCGGUUCAGGAUUGUUGGUCAUGAUUACUUCAACCUAGUUAUCUUGAUGAAUGUGGCGGCUGCUGGUUCAAUCAAGUCAAUGGAUAUCAAGAGCUCCGAUUCAAAUGAUUGGUUGCCAAUGUCCCGUAACUGGGGCGCGUACUGGCAGUGCGGAGGGUAUCUUACCGGGAAAAUGCUCUCGUUUAGAGUGACCGACACUGAUGGACAAACAAUCGUGUUCAACGAAAUUAUGCCGGUCGGAUGGAAGUUUGGUCAAACAUUUGCGAGCAAAUUACAAUUCAAGUGAUUGUUUCUGCGAGUACAAUUAGAAAUAAUUGGAAUGUGUACAUUACCAUUGAUUUGUUAGGGCAUGUAUCCUAGACAAUUCUGUACAGUGUUUACCCUGUUGUAAUAUUGGUGUUUCUAUUAACAUGUAUGAGGCACACAAAAAUGCAGCCGAUUCCACCAGGGUGGUUAAAUAUUUAUUUCCUAUACUUAUGUAGUUUCACAAUAUAUAUAUAGCAAACGUGAGAUACUA